CAGUGUUGUUGUUGUUGUUGUUGUUUUCUAUGUUAAAAUGAGCUGAUAUAAUUCAUUAUUCCACCACGUUUCCAAAGUGUUUACAAUCAAAAUUACAAAUAGUAGUAAGCGUUGUGCAGGAAUUACAUUUUCAAGUGUUUACGCUCUGACAAGUGGCUUUUAUUGAAAUCAUUUCAUCAGAAUAAAGCGGUACGGAAAUGGUUAGCAGCAGUUACAACGUUACAUUACCAGGUCAUACAGAGCCACAUGAGGAUUUCAAAAAGUCUAAUGCACGUGGAUUGCCGGGUCCAAAGGAGUUUCAGACAGAACAAAAUGAAACAACAAAGAGUCAACAGAGAAAUUAUCCAUAUACCGAGCUGUUUCGAUAUUCAACAAUAUGGGAUCGCCUACUAAUUGUAUUGGGUGUGAUUUCUGCAUCUCUGGCUUCAAUCUGUGUACCCUACAAUGUGAUUAUCUAUGCUGAGUUCACGACAUUGCUCAUAGAUCGAGAUGUUGGUACUGGCACCUCAACGCCAGCGCCGAUUUUAAAUAUUUUCGGUGGUGGCAAGAGGCUUACAAAUGCGAGCCGUGCGGAGAAUAUGCAGGCUGUAAAAGACGAUGCGCUGGCAUUUGCUUAUGGCACGUGCACUGGGUCUCUAGUGCAGCUCUUACUGCUUGGAUUGGCGGUCAAUUUGUUGAACAAAGCUGCGCUCAAACAGAUUGCAAAAAUUCGAAAACUAUUUUUGAAGGCCAUACUGCGGCAGGAUAUGUCUUGGUAUGACACUUCCUCGGGCAAUACAUUCGCCAAUAAAAUGACGGAAGAUCUGGACAAAAUGAAGGAGGGUAUUGCUGAGAAAGUCGCCAUGUUUGUAUUCCUUAUAAUGACCUUCGUGGCGGGUUGCAUCUUCUCCUUCAUCUACGGCUGGCUUCUAACGCUGGUGGUAUUCACCUGUUGUCCUUUCAUCAUUAUAUCCACCGCUUUGGUUGCCAAAAUUCAAGGCACAUUCACAGAGAAGGAGCUACAAGCUUACUCAAAUGCUGGUGCAGUAGCGGAAGAGGUCUUCUCGGGUAUACGUACCGUGUUCGCAUUUAGCGGUGAACGUAAAGAGACCGAACGUUUCGCCAAGCUGUUGGUGCCAGCUGAGAAGACGGGUUGUAAGAAGGGCUUAUACUCCGGUAUCGGUUCGGGCAUUAUGUGGUUCAUCAUCUACGUAGCCUAUGCAAUAGCCACUUGGUAUGGCAUUCAGCUCAUUUUGAAGUAUCGUUAUAUGGAUGACAAAGUGUACACAGCCGGCUCCUUGGUCGUUGUCUUAUUCAGCAUUAUUAUGGGUGCACAAAAUUUGGGUUUCUCAUUGCCCUAUGUGGAGGCGUUCGCGACGGCAAAAGGUGCAGCCCAAAAUAUUUUUUCCAUUAUUGAUCGGAUUUCCGCCAUUGAUCCGUUGAAUGAGAAUGGUGCUAAAUUGGAGAGUGUCACUGGGAAUAUAAGUUUUGAAAAUUUACAUUUCCGUUAUCCAGCAAGAUCUGAUGUACAGGUAUUGAAAGGUUUUUCAUUGCAAGUACGUGCUGGUCAAACAGUUGCCUUGGUAGGGCCAUCUGGUUGUGGCAAAUCAACAACACUACAACUCCUGCAACGUUUCUACGAUGCACCCCAGGGCUGUGUGCGUCUAGAUGGGCGGGAUUUACGUGAACUGAAUGUGAGUUGGCUGCGUUCGCAGAUUGGUGUGGUCGGUCAGGAGCCAGUGCUCUUCGGAACAACGAUUGCCGAGAAUAUACGUUAUGGCAAACCCUCAGCUACGCAAGAGGAAAUAGAAAAGGCCGCACGCAUGGCGAACUGUCAUGACUUUAUUGUGAAACUACCGAGCGGCUACAAUACCAUGGUGGGUGAACGUGGCGCACAAAUGUCUGGCGGUCAAAAGCAGCGUAUAGCCAUUGCACGCGCGCUCAUACGCAAUCCAAAGAUUUUACUUUUAGAUGAAGCAACCUCAGCUCUUGAUCCUACCUCGGAGCGCCGCGUACAGGACGCACUUGAUGUAGCGAGUCAAGGACGUACCACGCUUGUAGUAUCACAUCGCCUCUCGACAGUGACAAAUGCAGAUAUGAUUGUCUUCGUAAAAGAUGGUGUUGUAGCUGAGCAGGGUACACAUGAGGAGCUCAUGCGCACCGGUGGUCUAUAUUGUAAACUGGUAAUGAUAUCGAAGCGCCAGGAAGAGGAAGAAGCUCUGGCAAACACCUCCAAUGCGGUGCGUCAGCGUAAGCAACACUUGCAAGUGAAGAAUAACUCAAGUGAUGAGGGCGACUCCAGUUUUGAUGAAGCAGAUGCCGAGAGUGUAGUUAGCAAAAAGAAAUCGAAAAGGAGUAAGCCUAAAGCCGAGAAGAACAAGAUUACCUUUUUGCAGUUGAUGAAAAUGAAUGCGCCCGAAUGGCGUUACAUAUUAACCGGCUGCAUUGCGGCCAUGAUGCAUGGAGCCACAUUUCCCACAUGGGCGGUGCUUUUCGGCGACUUCUUUGGUGCCUUGUCCGAUCCCGAUGACGAUUAUAUUACCCGACAAUCGAUAUUACUUGCUAUACUCUUCCUUGUUAUCGGCGUUAUAACCGGCAUUGGCUCACUGCUACAAACCUACAUGUUCAACACGGCAGGUGUUAAAAUGACUUCUCGUCUUCGUCUUGACGCUUUCAAUGCCAUAAUCCGACAAGAAGUCGCAUACUUCGACGAUCAACGCAACUCAGUGGGUGCGCUGUGUGCGCGUCUCGCUGGCGACUGUUCAAAUGUACAGGGUGCAACAGGUUCACGCAUUGGCAUCAUUGUACAGGCGAUGUCCACACUUACCAUCGGCGUUAUACUAGCAUUCACCUACUCAUGGAAAUUGACUUUGGUCACUUUGGUGACGUUGCCGCUGGUGUGCGCUGCCAUACUCUUCGAAACACGCUUCAUGGAGGCAAGUACAAAUAAGGAGCGACAGGCCAUUGAAGAUGCUUCACGCCUGGCUGUGGAGGCAAUUGCUAAUAUACGCACCGUAACCAGUUUGGGUCAGGAGCGAUAUGUGCUCGAGCGAUAUGACGAGCAAAUAAACAGAGCAGAUAAGGCUUGUCGCAAGAAGUUACGCUAUCGUGGCUUAGUGUAUGGGUUGGGACAGACAGCACCGUUUAUGGCUUAUGGUGUCUCAUUGGGUUAUGGUGGAUUUUUAGUUGCCAACCAGGAAGUACCCUAUCAGGAUAUAAUAAAAGUUUCCGAAGGUCUCAUUUUCGGCUCGUGGAUGCUGGGUCAAGCGCUGUCAUAUGCGCCCAAUGUAGGCGAUGCCGUGCUCUCAGCGGCACGCUUAUUGAAACUAUUCCAACGCACACCCACGAUGUACAACCCAGUGGAUAAGCCGUAUAACACCGCCGUGAAAUUCGAAGGCGACAUCACCUAUGAAAACGUCAAUUUCAAUUACCCCAACCGCAAGGGUAUAAACAUUUUGCAAAAUCUCAAUCUAACCAUCAAAGGUGGCACUACAGUGGCACUGGUUGGGCCCUCCGGUUCAGGCAAAUCCACUUGUGUACAGCUAUUGCUGCGUUACUAUGACCCCGUUAGAGGAGGAAUUAACCUCAGCGGUGUGCCAACAACCGAGUUCCCGUUCGACACUUUACGUUCCGGCAUGGGUUUGGUUUCUCAAGAGCCCGUCUUAUUCGAUCGUACCAUUGCGGAGAAUAUCGCUUACGGCGAUAACUUCCGCACCGAUAUACCGAUGGCGGAAAUCAUCGAAGCGGCUAAAAAGUCGAACAUACAUCAGUUCAUCACUUCAUUGCCGCAGGGCUAUAACACGUCUCUGGGCAGCAAAGGUGCACAACUUUCUGGCGGCCAGAAGCAACGUAUUGCUAUUGCACGUGCCAUGGUGCGCAACCCGAAGAUAUUGAUAUUGGAUGAGGCCACGUCGGCGUUGGAUAUGGAGAGCGAGAAAGUGGUGCAGGAAGCAUUGGAUACAGCGCGUAGCGGACGUACUUGCGUUACGAUUGCACAUCGACUCACCACAGUGCGCGAUGCAGAUCUGAUUUGUGUGCUCAAGAAAGGUGUGGUGGUCGAGAAGGGUAGCCACGAAGAGUUGAUGGCACUGAAUGGAAUUUAUGCGGAGCUGUAUAUGAUGCAGCAGGUGGCCUAAGCCCUGCAUCUUCUCACACCAAAUUGCAAAGUAUUUUUGUUUUGUCGAAGAAAAAUAAAUGUUUAACUAAAUUAUCUUAA